AUGGCGCCAACCAGGUUGGCAUCAAAGCCAAUCGGCGUCAAUGAAAACAUGAACGGUAUCUUAGGCCAUGGAAUUACGACAAGGAGUAAGCAAUUGGCUUCUCUAAAGACACACAAAGAUGGCUUGAAAGUACCAAACAAGAGAAAAGCUGACAGCCCCCUGAAAGACGUGACAGCCAAGAGGGCGGCAUUUGGAGACAUCACAAAUGCUAUCAACAAAUCCAGUGCUGCACAUGAUAAAGAUAAGGUUAUGGCGCUAAAGAAAGUCACGGUGGAAAGUAAAGUGCUUCCAAUCUUAAAGAGCAUCAAACCCCAGACAACCACGUUAAAUGGUAAAACUUCCAAAGCUAAAACUUUACAAAGGGUAGCCACAAAUGCAAUUGAAUCAGUGCAGAAGCACUUUGCUAAGGACCCACCAAAGCCAGUUGCAACCAGAGCGCAAAAUGGUAUUCUGAAAAACGUUGACAGAAAACAGCUGGGCAAAGAAAAUCAGAACAACAGUCAAAGCUCAGCAAAAAGUCCCUCUGACACAACGAAAGAGGAAUGCAAGGCAAUAAGUGAAAAACUCAACAAAGUGAAUCUAGAUGACACAAUAAACAGAUCAUUGGAUGAAGAGACCGAAUCUCCACACAAGGUGCCCAGUGGAGUCCCGGACUUUGACUUGGAGAACUGGAAUGACCCAUUCCAAGUCUCUAAUUAUGCUAUGGACAUCUUCAAUUACCUGAAGGGCAGAGAACCCCAGAAGGAUCAACUCACGAAGGAGGAACUGCAGCUGCUUGGCGCCUCUGCCUUGUUCAUCUCCUCCAAGUUUGAUGAACGCAUCCCUCCUCUAGUAGACGACUUCCUCUACAUCUGCGACGGCGCGUACACUUUAAGCCAGCUGCUCAAGAUGGAGAUGAACAUUCUACGCGUGAUAGACUUUGAUCUCGGCGUGCCACUCUCAUACCGGUUCCUCAGGAGAUACGCACGGCAGUGUCUACUCGAGUACACGCUGGUGCAGCACUCCGACAGCAAGAUGGCAGCCGCCGCGCUCUAUCUAGCGCUGCGGAUGAAGUCGCUGGGCGGCUGGACUGCCACGCUGCGCUACUACACAGCACGAGGCAGCAACAUGCGGCCCCGCGCUCUAUCUAGCGCUGCGGAUGAAGUCGCUGGGCGGCUGGACUGCCACGCUGCGCUACUACACAGGUCAGUAGUGCCCUACUGUAGGGCAGCACGAGGCAGCAACAUGCGGCCCCGCGCUCUAGCGCUGCGGAUGAAGUUGCUGGGCGGCUGGACUGCCACGCUGCGCUACUACACAGCACGAGGCAGCAACAUGCGGCCCCGCGCUCUAGCGCUGCGGAUGAAGUCGCUGGGCGGCUGGACUGCCACGCUGCGCUACUACACAGGUUACUCUCUACAAGACAUCCUACCAGUGGUCCUAGAACAGAACGCUACUCUGCACAAGAAACCGAAAUCGGCCAUCAGCACAGUGAGAAACAAGUAUUCGCACACAAUAUUCUUCGAAGUUGCUAAAGUGCCUCUACUAGAAGACUCUGCGUUGAGCAGUUGA